AUGUUCCGCAGAGCACUCCUCAGACAAAGCCGUCUUGCCGGCUCCGCAACUCCCUUCUCCUCCAUCUCCUCACCCAUUCGCAGACAAUCAACAAUCAUUCAACAUUCUCAACAGCUAGCACGAUCACUUCCUUCCCGAGUACAGAGCAGAUAUGCCUCGACGGAAGCCAAUGGAGAAAAGCCAAAGGCCGAAGACGCAGCUGAGGCAGCUGAAGCCGAAAAGCCCUCUGAACUAGACACUCUAAAGAAGGAUCUAGAGGCACGUGAGAAGGAAGUUGUUGAAAUGAAGGAUAAAUACCUCCGAUCCGUCGCCGACUUCAGAAACUUGCAAGAACGAACCCGCCGAGAUGUCGAAGCAGCUCGUACCUUUGCCAUUCAGAAGUUUGCCGGGGACCUAAUCGAAUCAAUUGACAACCUAGAGCGUGCACUUGGAGUCGUUCCUGCCGACAAGGUGGACGCCGCCAAAGCGGAGGAAAAUAAAGAUCUUUACGAAUUGUUCUCUGGCCUCAAGAUGACCGAGGGUAUCCUGAUGAAUACCCUGAAGAAGCACGGCGUUAUUCGAUUCGACCCGUCCGAGCAUGUGGACGGGCAACCCCAGAAGUUCGACCCAAGCAGACACGAGGCCCUGUUUAUGUCCCCAGUGGAAGGCAAGCAAGACGGUGAUAUCAUGCAUGUCCAGAACAAGGGAUUCACCCUUAACGGCAGAAUCUUGAGGGCUGCCAAGGUUGGUGUUGUGAAGAACGCAUAA